AUGGGAGCCUCCAUCUCAGCCGUCAGCAACCCCGAAACAGUCGCCAAUGCCAUUUUCACGAGUGGUGUGACUGUCACUGGCGCGUCUUGGAACACUGGAUUCGACAAGAACGCUGUGGGCACCUUCACCAAUGGCCCCUUGGGUCUUGCGUCUGGCGGCAUCUUGACGACAGGCGGUGCGAUAGACGCAUCAGCAAACCAACCAUAUUCUGUCAACAUAGACAACGACGCGGGCGCGUCCCAGACCUAUUGUGGAGCAGAUUCCCAAGAUGCUGCUGUCUUGACGGUCGAUGUCGAAGUCCAGCAGGGUUUCAAUGGAGUCGAGGUUGAAUUCGUUCUCGCGUCGGAAGAGUUCUCAUACACACACGCGGACCCGAUUGGCAUAUAUCUGGACGGCGAGCAGUACGCCCUGGACCCGGACGGAAGCAGAAUAACGGCCAAAUCGUACUACCUAAGCCCCGGACGAGCCAUCGAGAACCCAUACCAAAUCUUCCAAUAUCCCUCUUGGUCCACCUAUGCAGCAUCGUCGAAGCCGCUGAUCAUGGGUAUUGCCGCAGAGCCUGGGGCACACACCAUGGUCUUUGCCAUCUGCGACAAUGUCGACGCCCAGCAUGACUCGGCGCUCUUUGUGAGGGCCAAAGGCUGCAAGGACUGUGUGGCAGACGUCAAGAUCCACUAUCUCACGCAGACAACCACAACCGUUUCGACUUUUACUUCGACCAUCGAGCCAGUCAGUAUGUCUGCCGGCACUGUCUUGAUCGGUGUGACGGCGGACCCAACCACAUCAGCUACGUCUAGCGAGGCCCCGACGAGUUCCAGUGAGCUGCCUACAACAGCUACAUCCAGCGAAGCUUCGACGGCUACCUCCACUGAGUAUUCAUCUUCAUCAGCCGAGGGUUCGACUACAUCCAUCGAGGCUUCUACCACUUCCACUGAGAUUUCUGCCACGUCCACUGAAGUAUCAACCGAGUCGUCUGCCACGACAACCGCUGCCAGCGAGAGCUCAACAGUAUCAACUACGGAUUCCACAAUAACCACGUUGAGCACCGAUUCUUCUGUCACAACAGUCACAUCUUCUGAGUCUUCUUCAACUAUUUCAACCGAGACUUUGUCCACAACGGCACAGGCUAAGUCCACCACGGUAUCAACCAUCGAAUCCACAAUGACAACCCUGACGACAUCUCGAAGACCUUGCCGUCCUGCAUAG